AUGACUCUUCAGCUCCCGGUUCAGAAGCGCGAGGUGUGCCAUUUUACCAGCGACCUGGGCACAGCCCCUCGCCCACAGACCCCAGACACGCGGUCGCCGUCCGCAUUGUCCACGGAGACCUUUGGCGACGGUCGGGACACUGACGAGGCAAGCACUCCGAGGAAUCUGUGGCCUGCUACGCCAACUCCGUCGCCGAGGUAUCUUGAGGCACCUCUCAACUUCAUGAUGCCACCUGUGGGGCCUUGCACCGAUUCGACGGCCUCUGCCUGCCCGGAGAUGGAAAGCCGAUAUACCCAACUGAAUGCACACGCCAAGGCCUUCGUGCCUUGUGGAAACUACAGCUGCACUCCUCCUCUUGAACAGAGGUUCCAGGCUCCUAGUGACCCAGAAUCAGUGGCGAGCUCCACACAAGGUGUCGCCGCGCAAGUGACUGAGGAGCCGCCGUGCGUGCCGAGCAGCGUAAGCCAGGGAGGCUUUGCGGCCAGUUUGGACAUUCCAAACAUGGGAUCCGCGCUACACACCUCAGGCGAUUGCAAGCCCUGCGCAUGGUUUUGGAAGUCAAGAGGCUGCACAAACGGCUAUGCUUGUGACUAUUGCCAUUUGUGUCCUGCGGGUGCAUUGAAAGUGUGA